AAUCAAUGUUUCAUCUCUAGCUCUUUUAAGUUUUGGUUGCGCUAUUUAUGUAAAUGUUUAGCAAAACUGCGGAAAAAGUGCAUAUCAGUGCGCUCGAUUGCUGAAAAAGAAGUUGCAUUGCAUCCGGCGAAGAGCCCAUUAAAGGCGGCCCAGUAACCAGCGAUUGGCGGGCCCAAGGAAGCCCAAGUCGACGUGUUUAAUUCGGGGCGCGGCGCCUGCAAAAAAACGGACAAAACAUCCUUAGGACAGCCACACACAAAGGGACAUCGAUACUUUCAGCCACACUGCACACACAAUGGCCGAGCGACCGAAAAAUUUGUUCGCAACCGGAUCCAGCCGCGUCCGCAGUCCCCCGGAUCAGCUUAGCCUGAACAACCUCAGCAUUCGCCAUCCGCCAUCGUCCACGUCGUCCACCUCGUCGGGUUCCACCUCCUCGGGCUCAAGUUCCUCGUCGCAGCACAAUCCUGUGACCCGCUGCUUUGGAGCCCAGCAACCGCAACAGGCUCCGCCGGUGGUCAGCAGCCAUGUGCCCGCAGUUCCGGCCACUUCGACUUCGAGCAGCAGCGCCGCCGAUCGCCACCGGGAGCGGAUUCGUCAGCAGGCCUGCGGCAAGCUACAGUUUGGCGAGGGCGCCGCCAAUACACACACAUUCACUUCGGACGAUCUCGAGGAUGAGGGCGAAAUCGGACGAGGAGCCUUCGGGGCGGUCAAUAAGAUGAUCUUCAAGAAACUGGACAAAGUAAUGGCCGUCAAGCGCAUCCGCUCCACCGUCGAUGAGAAGGAACAGAAGCAGCUGCUCAUGGAUCUCGAGGUGGUCAUGAAGUCCAACGAGUGCAUCUACAUCGUUCAGUUUUAUGGGGCCCUGUUUAAAGAAGGCGACUGCUGGAUUUGCAUGGAACUGAUGGACACAUCACUGGAUAAGUUUUACAAGUACAUCUACGAGAAGCAGCAACGCCACAUUCCGGAGUCCAUACUGGCCAAAAUCACGGUGGCCACGGUGAAUGCCCUUAACUAUCUGAAGGAGGAGCUCAAAAUCAUCCAUCGGGAUGUCAAGCCGAGCAACAUUCUGCUUCACCGUCGCGGAGACAUAAAGCUGUGUGAUUUUGGCAUUUCGGGUCAGCUGGUUGACUCGAUUGCCAAGACCAAGGAUGCGGGCUGCAGGCCCUACAUGGCGCCGGAACGAAUUGAUCCGGAGCGCGCCAAGGGGUACGAUGUUCGAAGUGAUGUCUGGUCAUUGGGCAUCACUUUGAUGGAGGUGGCGACAGGCAAUUUCCCCUAUCGCAAAUGGGACUCGGUAUUCGAGCAGUUGUGCCAGGUUGUGCAAGGUGAACCGCCGAGGCUAUUAACCUCCUACAACGGCAUGGAGUUUUCCAAAGAGUUUGUGGACUUUGUCAAUACUUGCCUGAUUAAAAAGGAGAGCGAUAGGCCCAAGUACAGCCGGUUGCUGGAGAUGCCUUUCAUCCGUCGCGGUGAGACGAGCCACACCGAUGUAGCCGUGUACGUGGCCGAUAUACUGGAGUCCAUGGAGAAGGACGGCAUCACGCAGUUCACGGCCAACCAGCAAGCGGAGAGUUAAUCACCCUAUGCAAAGAAGCAAGUCAUAAUUUAUCUAAGAAUCAACAAGAACACAACAACAAACAAACUAUGCAGAAAGGGAGCAGAGAAAAUUUAAAUUGUUGUCUACUUUGUAGCAUUCGUAGAAAACGUAGCGCAUAUUUUGUUAAACAGAAAAACAAAACAAAGCAAAAAGUGUGUAAGCGAUAGUAAGCAAAAUGUGUGUAUAGUUUAAAGUCCCUAUAAAGCCUAUUGUAAUUCAAUAAUUUUUGUACUCGCAAUUUUGUGCGUUUCAUUUUGUGUUACAAAUAAAUUUCUGUUGAAAACAGGCGAGUAGCGGGGUACCUUCGAGUAUUUCGGCCAAAAAAUUGACCAGUUUUGGACUCCCAGCUCAGUGCCUAUUUACUUUUAAUCAAGCGAGCAUUUUAUAAUCCGGUUGAUUUUUUUUAUCAUUAUUGAUAAUACAAGACCAAUUGGUAAUGCAUUUUGCGUUAUGCAGCAGCCAGGCGAAACAUAAGCAAUAUUUGUACAAAAAACUUUGUGAAGGAAAAUAGAAAGAUUAACUACCUAUACAAAACUAAUAGAAACACCAAUACGCGUUAAAGGAGCGUACCAAAUAGUUGAACAAAAACUAUUGAAUUAUAAAUUAUUUAUUGAAAAGAUUUUUUAAUCCUAUUAUAUUUUUUAAUUUGCAUAUAUGAAAAUGAUUGUGAAAAGCUUUAAAUAAUUGCCAAGCGGCUGAGAUGUUUAAAUUGUAGUAGAAAUUAUUGCAAAAAAAUGCUAAAUUAAUCCCAUAAUUAGCCACAACACCGACACAUUCACACACUACACACAUAUACACACGUUUUUAUGCGUAGUAAUUAGUUUUAAGCGAAGCAAGAAUAUUUAGCAAAAAGUUACAGCUACAAAAACAUAAGUCGUGUGAAAACUGAAAAUAAACAAAAUAAAUGUAUUGUGCCUAAGUAUAAACCGAAAUGAUAAAAACUCCACAAGACAAUUACAAUUUAAAUUUAAUCAAAA